AUGCGGCGAAAAAAAAACAGCAAAGGCGGUAACACGAGCAAUUUAAAAUCGCAUCUGCGUUACAAACAUCCAAAUUUGUAUUCAGAAUAUUUGAAAAUUGAUGGGUAAGCACUGAGCUUACAUACAUAAAUACUUAAUAUAUCAAUCUUUCAUAAAACUAAUAUUAUUUUAAAUGUAUUAUUUGAAUCAUUUUUAAAGAAAUAGUACAAUUACUACAUUUGAAGAUCAAGAGUACAAUAUUGAUGAUCCUGUUUUAAUUAAUCCUCAAAGGAAUUUGGCGUCGGAUAGUCAGGGCAGUCAGGCAUCAAUAUCUAAAGGUAUAUAUAUACAUUCAGUUGUAAAUUCGUAGCUAGCCAAAAUUAUUGUUAUCUAAGUAUAUGUAAUAAGUAGGGCUAGGAAGUUGUGCAUAUCGUUCUAAAUUCUACUCUCGAUUCAUAGCAGACCAAACUAGAAAUCCGAGUUAUAGGUACAAGGAUGAGUUUAAAAAUGUUUAAUUUAAAAUGCAUAUUUUGCAUAUUCGGUCAAUUUUAGGAGAAAAGUACAUAUUUAAUAUCUUUUAAAAACAAUUUAAUUUAUUUUGUAUUUUUAUCGUUAUAAUCGUAUGUUAAAUAAUUGUCGUUCAUUUGAAUUUUAAAAUUUUAAGAAACUUUUGCACAGUUACCUAAUAUAAAAUAUUUUUUUUUUUAUUUAGGCAUUUUUAAACAAAGUAAACUAAAAGUAUAUCACCCACUUGAUAAAAAAAUAAUUGAAAAAUAUAAGCAUGCCAUUGCCGUUUGGAUGUGUGCAGACAUGCAACCGUUUAAUUCGGUAGAAAAAAAAGGAUUUAAACAUUUACUUUCCGUCCUCUGUCCUAGUUUUGAACCUCCUAUCCGAAAAUAUUAUUCUGACCAUAAAAUUCCUCAAUUAUACGAAGACGUAAAAAAUUGCAUUAAGGAAAAAUUAAAAGGUGUAUCGUAUCUUGCCCUCACAACUGAUUGUUGGACAUCAGGAAAUGGUCAUCCAUUUAUUGGGUUAACAGCCCAUAUUAUAAAUGAGGAAUGGGAAUUCGAAAGUUUUUGUUUGUCAUGCACUUCUUUGAAUAUCGAUCACAAUAGUUUUAAUAUUAAAAAUAGUAUCAAGCAAAUAUUACAUAACUGGGAUAUUGACGAAUCUAAGAUCGCGAGUAUCACCACAGAUUGUGGAUCAAAUAUUUUAAAAGCUGUUGAACUAAUAUCAUUUAACUAUAUUUCUUGCUUCGGACAUGUUUUAAAUACUGGUGUUACAAAUGCAUUUUCCUUACAACCGUACAAAUAUUGUACUGAAAAUGCAGUAAAAGUAAGAUCUGUUUUCCACUACAGUUCCAAAAUGAAACGUGCAUUAUUAAAUGAACAGACAAAUUUAGAUCUUCUUCCUCUAGUUCCACCGUCUUCGUCUAACACUCGUUGGUGUUCACUACUUCCAUGUUUAAAAUUUUUAAAUACACAGAAUGAAGCGUUGAAAAAUAUUUUAAUAUGCACUAAACACCAACAAAUUUUACCCACUUUUAACCAGUUGAAGUUAAUUGAACGUAUAUUACAUAUAAUGGAUCCUUUAGAACAGUUGAGUCAAGCUUUAGCAUGA